GUAGUAGUAGUAGUAGUAGUAGUAGUAGUAGUAUCAUCAUCAUCAUUACCAUCAUCAUCAUCAUCAUCAUCUUCAUCACCAUCAUCAUCACCACCACCAUCACCACCAUCAUCAUCAUCAUCAUCAUCAUCAUCAUCAUCACCACCACCACCACCACCACCAUCCUCAUCAUCAUCAUCAUCAUCAUCAUGUAACUAAUAGAUUAUCACGUGACUAAUAGAUACCAGAAGAGCGAUCCAGGUUGUGGUGACCCAAGACGACGCAGGAGCAGAAAAAAUUGAAAUAAUAUCCAAGAAGGCACAAGAACAGACGUAUAAGUAGAAAGAGAAGUAUAAUAACAGAAGAAUGAAGAGAAUGGACAGAAAACCAGAAGAUAGCGUGGGAAGAAGUCGGCGAGAAGACAGACAGUCAAAAUGGAGAUACAAGAGCAAAUAGCAAGAUUACCAGUACAUGCCGCACGCCGACAAGUCAAGAGAAUGCACCGAGACCAGCAACAAUAUCCAGGCCCAGAAAAAAAAUUAAUGACUAAGAGAUUGAGAAGUAGAAGAUGGUAAGAGACAAAGGCGAACAAAAGAUACGCAAGUAAAUACUAAAAUUAAAAAAAGCUGCGGACAAGAAAUGAGAAGCUCCCAUACCCAGAAGUUAUGGGAUGACUAAGAGAUAUCAGAACGGAAGUCUAACAGAUUUUUUUUCUUUAGGAGGGGCACCGGCCAAGGGCAACAGAAUUUAUAAGAAAGAAAAAAAAAAAAAGGCCCACUGAGGUGCCGGUCCCCAGAGUCAAGAGCGGUCAUCAAAAAUUAAAGGAUGUGUCUUGAAACCUCCCUCUUAAAAGAGUUCAAGUCAUAGGAAGGAGGAAAUAGAGAAGUAAGCAGGGAGUUCUAGAGUUUACCAAAGAAAGGGGUGAAUGACUGAGAAUACUGGUUAACUCUUGCAUUACAGAGGUGGACAGAAAAGGGAUGGGAGAAGGAAGAAAGUCUUGUGCAGUGAGGCUGCGAGAGGAGGCGAGGCAUGCAGUUAGCAAGAUCAGAAGAGUAGUUAGUAUGAAAACAGCGGUAGAAGAUAGCAAGAGAUGUAGCAUUGCAGCGAUGUGAAAGAGGCUGAAGACAGUCAAUUAGAGAAGCGGAGUUCAUAAGACGAAAAGCUUUUGAUUCCACCCUGUCUAAAAGAGUGGUAUGAGUGAACACACCCUAUACAUGUGAAGCAUACUCUAUACAUGGAUGAGUUAGCAGUUGGUGGGGUGAGAAAAACUCGCAAAGACGACUCAGAACGUUUCAUAGAAGCUGUUUUAACAAGAUAUGAGAUGUGAAGUUUCCAGUUUAGAUUAUUAUAAAUAGAGGACAGGUCGAGGAUGGUCAGUGUAGAAGAGGGGGACAGCUGAGAGUCAUUGAAGAAGAGUUGAUAGUCAUCUGGAAGGUUGUGUCGAGUUGAUAGACGGAGGAAUUGAGUUUUUGAGGCAUUGAACAAUACUAAGCUUGCUUUGCACCAAUCAGAAAUUCUAGAGAGAUCAGAAGUCGAGCGUUCUUUGGCUUCCCUGCGUGAGCUGUUCACUUCCUGAAGGGUUGGACGUUUACGAAAAGACGUGGAAAAGUGCAAGAUGGUAUCAUCAGCGUAGGAAUGGAUAGGAUAAGGAAGUUUGGUUUAGAAGAUCAUUGAUGAAUAAUAGGGAGAGGUGGGUGACAGGACAGAAUCCUUACGAAUACCACUGUUAAUAGACUUGGGAGAAACAGUGACCACCUCCGAGUACCACAGCAGCAACAGAACGGUCAGAAAGGAAACUUGAUAUGAAGCUACAGAGAGAAGGAUAAAAACCGUAGGAGGGUAGUUUGGAAAUCAAAGCUUUCUGCCAGACUCUAUCAAAAGUUUUUUUAUAUGUUUAAGGCAACAGCAAAAGUUUCACCAAAAUCCCUAAAAGAGGAUGACCAAGACUCAGUAAGGAAAGCCAGAAGAUUACCAGUAGAGCGGCCAUGACGGAAUUCAUACUGGGGGUCAGAUGGAAAAUUGUGAAGUGAUAGAUGUUUAAGAAUCUUCUUGUUGAGGAUAGAUCAGCGUAUGACUAAUAGAUAUCGGAAGAGAGAGAGAGAGAGAGCAAACACUAGAGAAAUGAGAGAGCCACUAGAUCUCCCAGAUAGGAGUCCCGAAUCUGAGAGGGCCAGACCAGGGCGAGAUAGAGGGCGAGAUGGCUCAGAGGGCGGAUAGCUCUUCGUGAGUAGAACUUAAAAGUUUGCAGAGCAGUCUGUCGCAGCUCUUAUUGAUGGGAUAUGUAGGUAGAAUGAUUUUUGUUGGUUAUUAUUAUGAAGUUUGUGUAAUAUUAUGUGUUCAAGUGGAAAAGUGACUUUACUGAUUAUUUGGGAAUUUUGUGCGAUUGAAUGUUGAUGUGGUGCUGAAUGCUUCAUGCGUAAUAAUCAUAAUUGAAUCUUGAAGAAUAUUAAAGUUCAUUUUUGCUGUUGUGUAACGUGAUUUUCGGAGAAGUUGUAUUUAAUUUUAGUUAAUUAAAUUUAGAAAGUUAUUAGUGUAUGUUGUUAAUCCUAUUGAAUUAUACUAAUCUAUGAAAGCGUGCACCAUUGCAAAACACAAUAAGGUGUCUGUCAUAAAAGUAAGAGUAUGUGGGUCGUAAGGAAAUGGUUUAUACAUGAGGGUGUCGUGAAAAUAAACCAUAGUAAUAAUGGUAACCAUUCCGGGGAAAAAAAGUAGUUCAAAAAUUGCAAUAUAUGGGACGGACGAGCACUAGGAAGGUCAGAGAGCCACGAUAUCGCAAAGACAGAAGCACAAGAUCUGAGAGGGCUAGACUAGGACAAGACAGAGCGCGAGAUGGCUCAGUUGAGGAAAGAAGAUCUAAGGAAAGACAGAGAGUGAGAUCGAGGGAUGGAAUUGCGGUAGAGCUGCAAAGAAUGGGAGUCACAGAGGAAGGUGCAAGGUACACAACUGGAGGAGACUCAAGCAUGCCGCCAACCAAUGACACUGGGGAAACGACGAAAGGAGAAGACCGGGUUGCUGCUCACGAGGAGGGAGAGACGUGCAUUUUCCCCGUUACCUUGUCCUCGUCUUCGUCGUCAUCCUCGUCUUCGUGUUGACUGAACCUGCCGUGUCCCUCAGAGGCCCCGAGGAGGACUGGCAAGGCAUCGCUGAUAAGUCUGGUAAAGCAGCACACGUCUUCUACAGCAGCAGCAGUAGCAGCAAAAGUGACCUGGCCGGACUCAUGGCGAGAAGCACACAGCGCAUGAGCUUAAAACACAUCAGCCAUACCCUCCCCACCACCUACAGACCCCACACACCUCCUCACCCCCGCCGCUCCAACCUCAAGCCCUCUCUUCCCCACAGUCUCCUCACAUCCAAGAGGCACUAUGCUCCCUCACACCUUCUCACCAUCCCUAAACCUCCUCCACCCGAUCCUUUCUCUAACACUGCUCCACAUCCCCGUUCCUCCAUUGCCGCCUUGAAGCCCCCCGCCCAUCCUAGUCCCACUCUCAGGAACCAUUACUCACAGAAGCCACUCAUGACUCACGUAGACUCACGCCAUCCACCUCCUGUUACUCACUCGGUACAAGACGGAUCCCAGACAGAGGUAGCCGAGAAUCUCGACAAUGACCCGGGCGGUGGCAACGACAUGAAGACUAAUGCGACCAGAGGAAGCGUCGUCAAGAACAAGAAUGGACAUGCCCUUCGCCUGCGCCUUCGCCAAGCAUCCCCUACGCUCAGGGUCAGGUUGCAGCCCCGGCAGGUCGGAGGUGAAGGCACAGCAGAGGCGAUAAAAGCAACAGGCCGUCGUGUAUCGAGGAGGCUCAGCAGGAGGAAAGCAGCAUACCCAAGGCGACAUAUAUUGGACAGCCGGAGGAGCCUCACGCCCGGCCCGCCCUACGACCACUACCGCAGGAUGGUGCACGUGCCCUUACGAACCCCCACCACCCUUGCCCCGCUCCCGUCCAUGCUGCAUACCCUCCCCCAACCCCCAAUCCUGCCCACCCAGCCAAUUCACAGAAAAAACUCCCUUCGUGGUCGACUAUAUCCAAAGAAAACAUUAUCACAGUCAUCACCUCCCUUCGUUCCCAUUUACAGAGAGGACAAACCUCCAGGCACUUCUCAUUUCCUUUCACCGACUCCUCUUCCUCCUCCUCAUCCUCCUUCUCUUCCUCCUACUCCUCUUCCUCUUCCUCCUCCUCCUCCUCCUCCUCCUCCUCCCCCCCCCUCGUCCUCAUCCUCGUCCUCGCCCUAUCCCUACUCGUCCUUACCACCUCCCUAGCCCACAUCCUCAUCCUCACUCUCCUCACUCUUCAUCUCCUUCGCCCCAUCCUGCCUUUAUUACUACCUCCACUCCAUCCCUGCCCCUCUCCUUCUCCACAGUCCCUCCACACACUCCCUCCUCCUCUCCCACGCCAGCUGUUUUCCACCACCACUUCCAUCACACGCCUCCCCUGCGGUCAGUGCACUCCGCCCGACCCCCUGCAGUGUUCAGUCUUGGAAGGAGCUCAACGCCCCGUCCCUUAGUUCAUCCUUCUCCUCCUCCUCCCUCUGAGCCCGAACGUCCCCCGCCUCCUUCUCCGCACACACCACCUCCCACCCGCUCCCCAUUCUUAACAACAACGUCAUCACCAUCACGGAUAUCACUGGAAGCUUCAAGGGAACACAGGAAGCCUGACUAUCCCACCUACGCCAGCGUCCCCGCCACAAGCUUCACGUGUCGCGCAACGCCCCACCCCGGCAUCUACGUGGAUGUGGAGACCGGGUGCCAGGCGUGGCACGUGUGUGAGGCAGACGGACGCCAACACUCCUUCCUAUGUCCAAACGGCACCAUAUUCAGCCAACUCGUGCUCACCUGCGACUGGUGGUACAACGUGCGGUGUGGGAGUGACGGCGCCAACGCCAUCCACACCAGGCCGUCCAGAGAGGUUUCGGAGGGACACACUGACCCAGAAGAACUCUACGGCAGGAAAAUAAUACAGAAAUCAACCAACUCUUACCUACCAGACCUAGAGACGUUUGUGACUCGUGCUGAUGGAGAACAGGGAUUGUUAGAGCCCUUGGUUGCCCCUUAGAUCGUCACCGGUGACGAUGAUGACAAUGAUUGUGGCCACUGAAGCACGCAUUUCGGUGAUGGUGACAGUGACAGUGGUCAAUGAAGCACCCAUUCCGAUGCUUCACCUGUGGGACAAACAAAUGACAUUGUAUCAUAAGCAGCAGCGUAAAUUAACUUAUAUGGUAAACAUUUUCCUUUUUACUCUCACUAUAAAUGUAAGCACAUCUUAUAGGAUAAUUAAGGAAAGCAAAUGAUACAACAUUACUUUUUGUGUAUGAGAGAGAGAGAGAGAGAGAGAGAGAGAGAGAGAGAGAGAGAGAGAGAGAGAGAGAGAGAGAGAGAGAGAGAGAAUAAAUAUAUA